UCUCAAAUAUCCAGAUGGGUGCGCCAUCUAAGUCAGUUAAAACAGUCUUGUGAAAAGUCGCCGAGCCCCACUUCUUGUCUGAACGUCUGCCAGUGAAGACCGGGAGGGAACCAACACCACACAAAAUGAGCGACCUCAGCAAAAUCGACAUCGAAAAGGCAUCCUUCGCCUUCUCAAUUUACGACUUCGACGGUAGCGGCAAGAUUGACGCUUACAACCUUGGCGAUGUCCUGAGGGCGCUCAAUUCCAACCCCAUAUUGGCGACCAUCGAAAAGCUCGGCGGCACCAAGAAGAAGGGCGAAAAGUUCCUUACACUUGAAGAGUUCCUUCCCAUCUACAGCCAAGCAAAGAAAGACAAAGACCAGGGCUGCUACGAGGACUUCCUUGAAUGUCUGAAGCUGUACGACAAGAAUGAGAAUGGUCUGAUGCUUGGCGCUGAGCUUACACACACACUUAUGGCACUAGGUGAGAAAUUGGAGGACAAAGAAGUCGACGAAGUUGUGAAGGACUGCAUGGAUCCUGAAGAUGAUGAUGGCAUGAUUCCUUACGCGCCAUUCCUGAAGAAGGUCAUGGCGUAGAAGACGUCACAUCACAUCAUAUCUUUAGUUAUAAGAUCCUUUCCUCCGGAAAAUGUGCGACGGUUGGGGCGCCAAACCAGCGGAGGAGGGGGAGGCGCCCGCGGAGGGCUAAGACGGCGAGGUGGGCGCUCUUGCGCCGGACGCCGGGCGGAGAGGCGUGGGCGCAGGUCACAGCCCGCGCAUCCGCGCCCCGCGGCCAGCGCUCGCUGUUCCUCCUCCCUACCCCCGUCGACACCCCGUAUGCACCAACCUAGAUACGGACUACCCCUUUUUAUACUUUACUACAACAACGAUUAUGUUUGUACAACACAUCAUCUAUUACUGUACAUACUAAAAUAAGAUUAAAAACUGUAAAACACA